CUAGCACCAUCGAGCCCGAGGCGCUGCGGCAGGGCAACAUGAGCUCGCUGGGCUUCACGAGCAAGGAGCAGCGGAACCUGGGCCUUCUCGUGCACCUUAUGACCAGCAAUCCCAAGAUCCUGUACGCGCCCGCGGGCUCUGAGGCAGACCGCGUCAUCCUCAAGGCCAACGAGACCUUUGCCUUUGUAGGCAACGUGACCCACUACGCCCAGGUGUGGCUCAACAUCUCCGCGGAGAUCCGCAGCUUCCUGGAGCAGGGCCGGCUGCGGCAGCAUCUACGCUGGCUGCAGCAG